AUGUUCACACUUAUACCAUUUGCCAUGAUUCUUCUUUUGAAGGCGGCUCUUUUUCCCCUCUUCAUUGCAGCUGCUAGCCAUUAUUCUCUUGGUGUCGUUAAGGUUGGCGCCUCUCCCAUCGACUCUACGGUUUUACAUGAUGACGAUUCUGCACGUUUAUUUCUGGGAUAUACUUAUGUUGGAAAGGCGAAACUUGAGCAAUGGAUUCGCCAAGAUGGCUCACACAGGUUGCUUGAUCACACAGCAGUGAUACAGCCGUCCAUACAGGGCAGAAAGGAAUAUCUAAAUUGGGGUUAUUUACCUUCGAAUUUCAUAUGA